AUGGAAAAAUUACCUUUUAGAGUUGAGAAAGAUAAAAGAAGAUGGUCAGCUUUAUCGAUAAUGCAAAGCAUAACGAAAAGAAAAACAGCGUUUUUUAUGCCGAUUCAAACAAUGAAAACAGCAACUCCAGCUAAGAAAAGCUUUUUUCCUAGCAAAGAAGUUAUAAGAAGGGAAAAGAAAACUGAUUGUUUUGUUUUUAACCCAACGAGCAUGAUAAAAGUUCUCUGAGACGGUAUGAUUUCUAUACAAGCAAUUUAUUUAGCACUUAUAAUACCGUUUUCGUUGAGUUUUAUGCAGAAAAUUGAUAGAGAUAUGAUGAGCCCUAUAGAAAUCUGCUUUAUGUUUGACUUAUUUUUGAAUUUUAACACAGCUUGCUAUAUUCAUGGAAUUUUGGUUGUUGACAGAAAAAGAAUAUUUUUUCAUUAUUUAUCUUCAUAUUUUCUCUGAGAUUUUAUAUCAAUUGUCCCUUAUGAACUCUUUCUCAGUGAUAUGAAUGAAGAAGCUGGCCAUGGAUACAGCUUAAAUUACUGGCAUUGAUCUAGAAUCUUUUGAUUAUUUCGUCUAACAAGAAUGCUAAAGUUAAAAAAGCUUAUUUACAAUAUAGAUGAUAUUUAUCCUAGUCCCUAUGUAUAUUUCAUCACAAGAGCUACAGCCUUUUUACUUUUGGCAUUGCUGUCUGCUCAUUGGAUAGCUUGUAUUAUGCACAGUGUAUGAUAUUAUUCACUAAGCUCCAAUGGUGAUAUGUGGACACACUAUAUCGAUGCAAAAUAUCCCCAAUAUUUAAUAAGACUGGAAGAAGCUGUUGUUACAAUGGCAACAGUGGGGUAUGGAAAUAUAACUCCUCAAUCUAUUUCAGAAAAAAUCUUUACUAUAAUUGUUGAAGCUUUUACUUCAGGUUUCAUUGGAUUUUUAGUUAGUGGGAUUGGCAGUACUUUAGAGAAAUCAACAAAAGAUUCAAUAUAUUUCAAUAAUUUAAAGCAAAGGUUAAAAACAUAUAUGCACAAUCAUCAAAUUCCUCAUACAUUAAGAAGAAAAGUCUUUAUUUAUUUAGAGCAUCUUUAUUUAUAUCAUAAACGUAAUAUUUUAGAUGAAAAAGAAAUAUUAAAAGCUCUUUCUGAGCCUCUACAGCGAGAUAUUUAUAUCCACACAAGGGGGCAUGUCUUAAUGAGAAGUGUGCCAUUUAGAGACUAUUCCUACACAUUUCUCAAAUAUUUAGGACAAAAGCUUGAAGUAGAGCUAUUUUCUCCAUGUGACUCAAUUUUUAAGCAAGGCCAGAAAAAUACCAAUAUUUAUCUUGUCAGGCAUGGUAGGGUCGAAAUUUAUCAUCAGGCAACUGGGACUAUUUUUGCACAACUUCAUGAAGAAAAGUACUUUGGAGAAAUCGCAUUUUUCUUAGGUAGAAAAAGAUGUGCCUCGGCUAGAUGUCUGGAUUUUUCUGAAAUUUUCAGUUUAAGCAGAGAGACUUUUAAACGAUUUUUGAUAAAAUUUCCAAAAGAAGCGGAAAUGACACAAAUUAUUGUAAAUAACUGCAAAGGGAAAAAUUUAAGCUAUCUAGGUGUGAGGUGCUAUUUUUGCCAUGAAGUUGGCCAUGUUGCUUCAGAUUGUGAAAAAUAUGUCUAUAAAAUUGACCACGAAGAAAUAAUUAAUCGUGCAAAUUAUUCGAAAAAUGCUUUAAAAAGAACGAUCACAGAAAAUGCUAUUUUUCAGAAAAAGCACGAAAUUUCUCCUUUUUCAAGAUAUGGGCUGCAUAAUAUUCAGGGAGAUGAAAUUAGUCCACUUAAUUUAUUUAAAGAUAGAAAUAGCCUAGCUUUCAAAGCUAGGGCAUAUGGCGGACGUAAAGUUCAUGGAGAAAAGGCAAGAAAAACGAUAAUAACGCUUCUUGAUGAUGAUAUGAAUGACAUCUCUGAAGAUAGAGACUAUUAUCUUAACGUCCCAAACAAUAUAAGGUUUGGAGAAAUGUAUGCACAAAGAAGAAAAACCCAGGCUUGCCCAGUGCAUUUAACCCCUUCUGAAGAGUUUUUAGAAGGUGAGGAAAGUGCAGAAGUCAGGGAUACAAACGAAGCUUCUAGCUAUCGAGAAAGAGAAUUUUUAUUAUAG